AUGGACAUUCAUCAGAUCCAGCGUAAUAUUUCCAGUGAUAAUGUCGACUUUUUCAAAGCGCUUCCUGAUGCAAAAUCAGUGUUAAAUAUUCGACAUCCAAGAUCGGGAGACACUGCAAUGCACAUCGCCUGCAGAUGUGGAAGUAUUGCCGUAUUAAAGUAUUUUCUCAACGACCUGCAGGCGAGUACCGAGGUAGUCAACGCUGAUGGGAAAAGGCCGCUGCACGACGCAGCGCAAUAUUCUCAGGAGGGUUCUGUGAGAAUUUUACUGGAACAUGGGUCCGUGUUAGACCCACUGAAGCGUGCAGAUUGGACUCCUCUGAUGCUAGCAUGCACCAAACGUUCUGAAAGUAUCGUCACCAUGCUGCUGAAAGCGGGCGCUGAUCCUCGUCUUAGAAACAAAGAUGGGUGGAAUUCAUUUCACAUAGCAUGCAGAGAAGGUCAUCUGGAUGUGGUUCUGGCUUUAUAUGAUAGUUGUCCUGAUGUCUGGAAUACUAAAAGUAAUAAUCUGAGGACUCCAUUACACACAGCAGCAUUGCAUGGCCAUAAGGACCUUGUGCUGUGGAUGCUGCAGAAUUGCCACUAUAGAAGAGAUGAAAGAGACAGCUGUGGAACCACACCUUUGAUGGAUGCUUGUAGAGUAGGACAUAUAGAUGUAGCACAGUUAUUGAUUGAGUACCACAUGGCAGAUGUCAGCCUGAAAGACAAAACUGGCAGGCAGGCAAUUCAUCAUGCGGCACAGACAGGAAAGACCAGUGCCAUUAAGUUUUUGGUAGAAAAAUGUGGCGUGUCUGUCGAGGCCAAAUCAGAGCUGACCAAGGAAACUCCAUUAGAUGUUGCAGUUAAGGAAGGCCAGACCGAAACUGUAGCACUUCUGAGGAGAUUGGGUGAUAACUUGACAUGA